UGUUGUUUCAUCAGCCUUUCAGCGAAACCACACUGCAAAAAAAGGAAAACUCAAAAAAUCAAUGGCAAUUCAAAGGGGCUACCCGAAGGCAAAAUCAGCGAAGCCCAGAUCUCCAAUCAUCAUAAUCACAGCUUGUAUCGCAUGCGUUGCUCUACUCUACCUUAUUUCUUCCUCAUUUUCCACUCCGACAACUUUACAGAAUUUAGUAAAUACCCCCCAAAAUCGUCACAAUUUGCAGGAGAAGUACUUAUAUUGGGGCGGUAGAAUUGACUGUCCGGGCAAGCAUUGCGAUUCUUGCGAGGGUUUGGGCCACCAAGAAUCUAGCCUUAGGUGUGCCCUAGAAGAAGCUUUGUUUCUCGGAAGGACCUUCAUAAUGCCUUCUAGGAUGUGUAUCAAUCCUAUACAUAAUAAAAAAGGGAUUCUCCAUCAGUCUGGCGAUGUUGUUUCUGACGAAGGGUGGGCAGGUAGCUCGUGUGGUAUGGAUUCUUUGUACGAUUUGGAUCUCAUAUCGAACACAGUACCUGUUAUUUUGGAUAAUUCGAAAACCUGGCAUCAUGUCCUUACAACAAGCAUGAAAUUGGGGUCCAGAGGGAUAGCACAUGUGCAAGGUGUUAGUCGAGCCGAUCUUAAAGAAAAAAAUAUGUAUUCAAAUCUUUUACUCAUAAAUCGAACUGCGAGCCCUCUUUCGUGGUUCAUGGAGUGCAAGGAUCGGAAUAACCGCAGUUCGAUUAUGUUGCCAUAUUCAUUCCUUCCUUCAAUGGCUGGAAAAAAGCUAAGAGAUGCUGCAGAAAAGAUUAAGGCACAACUGGGAGAUUACGAUGCUAUACAUGUUCGGCGAGGUGAUAAGAUCAAAACCAGAAAAGAUAGAUACGGUACUGAACGAAGCUUACAUCCCCAUCUUGAUAGAGACACCCGCGCCGAGUUUAUGCUCUGUAGAAUCUCGAAGUGGGUCCCACCUGGCCGAACCCUUUUCAUUGCAUCGAACGAAAGAUCUCCCGGCUUCUUUUCGCCUUUGGGUGUAAGGUAUAAGUUGGCGUAUUCGUCGAAUUACAGUAGUCUAUUGGAUCAAUUGGUCGAGAAUAAUUAUCAAUUAUUUAUGGUGGAGAGGCUUAUUAUGAUGGGAGCAAAAACGUUUAUUAGAACGUUUAAAGAAGACGAAACGGACCUUAGCCUUACCGACGAUCCUAAGAAGAACACUAAGAUGUGGCAAAUACCUGUUUUAACUAAGGAUGGAACUGAUGAAUGCUGAUUUUUUUUAUUUUAUAUUUUAUUUUAUUUAUGCUAUAGAUGAAACUUUUUCUCUGUGAAUCAAACUCUUGGCAGAGUAAGAGUUUUCUGUCACACACACUAUUAGGGGGGACUACAUCUUAAUUACAUGAAAGAUGAGGCGCCUGUGAGUGAAAGGAAAGUCAACUGGUUUAGAGUGGUGUUAGACUUGGAGAGAGAGUAUGAACUGACAAUAUGUAUGUAAUUUGUAUUUAAAACUGAAAACUGAAAUGGUUCCUCUGCUUUAUUUUUUUAUUUUUUAUUUUGGUAACUUUUUCGAUCGAUGUUAAUGAAAAUCAGUGACCGAGCUAGUAUAAG